UUCGUGUCUACUGCGGAUAAAAUCCUGCUACGAAACGAAUAACUCUAAAAUUUUAACAAUUGACUUGCGCGAGUUUAAAAAAUAAAAAUUAAAGUAAAAAUCUGUAUGAGCAGCUGGUGGUCUUUUAAUAAAAUAAUUUUAUUAAGUGAUCUUUUUAAAAGAGAUUAGGCAAAAUAAUUUACCUUUAUUAAAUAUAGAGAAACUUUGAUGCAAAGUAUAAUGUCAAAUAUAAUAAAGCAUCACAUUGAACCUGAUAAGCCUAUAGUUUACGAGCCUCCAGAUCUUCUAGGGAGAAAACAUGUGGAAAAAAUUACUGGAGAAUUUAGGUAUAGAGAAGAUGAAUGUUUAGCUGAUAAACUCCAGAGUGAAGAGUUCAACAAGUACUUUGAAAGUAACAAAUCAGCUCGGAAACUUGGGAAAAUGGACAUCAAUACAGCAAAGGCUAUAUUUUUAAAAGAAGUAGAGGAGUCUGGGCUGCUAACGUCCUCACAAAUAAAAGAACUAUGUAGUAAUGACAGUUUGUUUGCUGAAGAGUUAACCAGAAGGAUUGAAAUGGAGAUGGAUUUAGAAGCCGAAAGGAAAAUAGUGAGAGAAAUGCAAGAUGAGGAGUUUGCUCGUUAUUUACAAAUAAAAGAGAGAAAAAAGCUGGAAGAAAAAAAGAAAAUAAUGUUGCAAAGAAAAUUAGCUGAAGAAAGGCAAUUGCAACUGUUGCAUCAAGAAAGUGAAGCAAGUAAUAACUAUUUACCCAAACCAAUCAACCAUUUAGAAGAACCAGAAGGACUUACUGAUGAGAAUAAAAAACAAAUUGAAGAAAAUGACAGAUGGAUUGCUAUACGACUACAGAAUGAAGAGGCAUUAGAAUACAAGCGAGCCAAAGCUGAGAGGUCAAGACGUAAAAGAGAAUGCAAUGUAAAUAAAGAUGGAGUAAAUUUUAAUGAUAAUACAUACAACAGCAAAGUUUUACAAAACAAUACAGAAUUAAAUCAACCAAUAGUUAAUAGUAGCUAUAAAAACUCUAAAGUUCAUAAUUUGGGUCGAGGUGAUCGAGACCAGGUAGAGCAGCAAGAUGAACACAUAUACUUAAAAGCUGUUGAUGCUUGUGAGCACUCUAAGGAAUCGUUUUGUGAAGAUAUUGAUCGAUUAUCAAAUGAUAAUGACUUAAAUUCUAAAAAUUCCCUGAGAAUGUAUAACCAGUUGUGUAAUAAGUUAGAUAAAACUUCAUUCAUUCCAGUUAGUUGUGACGAUCCGGUGAAUCACCAGGCAACAUCCAACCAAUUAAAAUUCUCUUCACUGCCAACUCCAGUUUCUCACUCGAUAUACGAUCCAAAUAAUCCUAUACCUGUUAGAAAUGUGAAAAGAUCUUCCAUUAAAGGUGAAAAAAAUAAAAAAAAAUGGUUUUCAACAAAUUAAAAGCAAAGAUCUACCUUCUGAAUUUUAAAAAUAUUUUUAUUAGUAUUUAAAAUAAUAUAAUCUUUAUUUAUUUAAAUCGAUCUUGUUAAUAUCAUUGUUAUUUAUAUAUUUUUUUAUUUUUAUAUACUGAUUUUAAUUUUUUUUAUUGAGUUUUAAUUUAUAAAUAGAUAUGUUGAUGAUGUUUUUAUCUUUUAGUUAAAUUGCUAUAUAAUCAAAACUAUAUUUUUAAAAGUCUUUCUUUUCAUAAUAAUGAGUUAAGUUACAUCA